AAAGAAGAUAACUUCUUAUAUUUUCAAAUAUUAAAAUGAAAAUAUUUUAUUUAUUAAUUGUUUAUGUUGUGUAUGUUUCAAGUGCAGGCCUAAAUGUUGAAUUUAGUUGGAGUAGAAUUGAUUAUCAAUGGUCAAAAAAUCAAAAAUAUAAUUCUGGAUCAGUAGAACAGGACCCAUCUCGUAUUGUUUUCGAUGGCCAGACUAAUGCACAGGAUAUCAUAAAUCGAGAUCACCAAGAAAUAAUAGAUUAUCAAUAUGAAAAUAACAUACCUAUGGGUGCAAAUGUCUGGCAAGACAAACUUUUCAUCUCGAUUGCCAGAAGACGUCCAGGAAUACCUUCAACCCUCAAUUAUAUACCGCUUAGAACCAACAAACACAAGAAAAACGUACCUUUGAAACCAUAUCCCAAUUGGAAAAUCAAUAAUAUAUAUUCCAAGGAAAAUUUCGUAUCAGUGUAUAGAACAGCCAUAGAUGCUUGUGACAGAAUGUGGUUUGUGGACACGGGGAUUUUGGAGUAUCCAGGAAAUCGGACUAAAAUUAAACAGCACCAAAUUGUUAUAAUUAAUUUAAAUACAGACAAGGUUAUUCAUAGAUACAAUUUGCCAGAUAAUGUGAUAGAGUCGGCCACUGUAUUGGCUAAUUUGAAUAUAGAUGCUUCGAAAAAGAAUUGUGAGGAUGCUUUUGCUUAUAUUCCAGAUUUAUCUGGUUGGGGUUUGAUCGUCUAUAGUCUCAAACAAAACAAAGCCUGGAGAGUCAACCACUGGUAUUUUCUGCCAGAUCCGCAAGCCAAAAACUUCCUCAUUGCUGGAUACAGUUUCCAGUUUAACGAUGGUAUUUUUAGUGUGCAACUUUCCAAAGAAAAGCCUGAUGGGUACAGAGAUAUGUUUUUCCAUGCGAUGGCUGGUACUAGAAUUUACAAAGUAUCCACUAAGGUUUUGAGGAAUGAGGCUUUGGCUACUCGACGUGUGCACGAUGAAGGAGAUUUCGUUGAAAUUGGUGAUAAAGGUCCAAACUUCCAAACCUCCACCGCUGACAUCCACAAGCCAACAGGCAUCUUAUUCAUGGCCCUAGUAAAUCAAAAUUCAGUUGGUUGCUGGAAUAUUAAUAAAGGCAUCGAGACGUUGUCGAUAAUCCAAAGAGACGACGACCAACUAAUUUAUCCAUCGGAUGUCAGGAUUUCUGGAGACAGAUUGUACGUUUUGACCAAUACCAUGCCAAGGUUUUUAAAUGGACAAUUAAAUUAUAACGAUAUUAACUUUAGAGUGUGGUCUGGAGAUGUUAAAAGUGCUAUUCGUGGUACAAAUUGUGAAAUUUAAGAAUUCGCAAUAAAUUAAUAAAAAUGCUUUUUCCAAAAAAUUAAAAGUCAAGCCGCUAUAUGUAGGUACCCUCAAAAUAAAAUAUUUAAAAGCCAAGGGAGUGACGUUGAUGAAUAACUUUUUACUUAGUCGCGUCAUCUGGUAGAUUAAAGUUGCCUAAAUUGUGUUAUACGUGUAUAUACACGGGCUAAUUAU